AAGCGUUGGUUGGUAGGAAGGUGUUUGGCCGCUAUACAUGGGGCCGUGUAUUAUGUAGGCUUUCAUCGCUAUAUUCCCCAUAUAUUUAUGUUUAGUUUAGCCUUCUUCAUUAUUAUUGCAUAUAUGUUUUCGUAGUGUAUUGAGUAAAAACGGAAAGUUUCUGUUGCCUCUAUGUGUGACAGCUGUGUGACAAAUUCAACAGAUAUAAAAAUGAUAUUAGUGUAUUUUUCUAAUAAUACACCAAGUACAUAACCUAGAAUAGAUUUUUAAAGUCGAUACAGUACUGCCAAACUAACAAGACUAAGACUAGUAACAUUUGUACUCAGAAGAACUCCGUUUUGUUGGAAAUUUUUUUUCGAAAGUUGACAACUAGGUUCUCUUUUUAUGUUUGAAUAUCACUAUGGCUCGAUCUAUUGCAUAUGAGAGAGUAUUAGAUGCCAAGAUUUUGUGGGGUGAUGAAAAUUCCGAUAUUCGAUCAAAGCGAGGCGAACCAUUGAAAAUAAAACAAGAACCAGAAGAUGCAGUUGUUGAAAACGACGAAACUGAGAUGGUUGAUGAAAGACCAUGUGUCUCUUCAGUCCACAAUAAUAAGACUAUCAAAUUUCAAGCCAAUGGUGAUUCGAUGAAAGCACCUGGCACAAGCCACACGAAGUCUGAUCCAAAACUGAUAUCAAAAAUUCAUGAUUCUUUGACAAACACUGACGAUAACUGUAACACUGUUGGGAAAAAAAGAAAAAGGGUCAGCAGCGAAGAACCCGUAACACACGGAGCAUCGAACGCAGAGAAGAGAUUCAAACCUAAGGAGAGCAAGCUUUUAAAAAAUUCAUCGUCAUCGUCAAAAUUUCAAAAAGUUCGUAAAAGUGUUAAAUUUCGUUUAAUUAGUACGAAUAAUCAUUUGAAGACGCGCAUGAAAAGGGAUAUCACAAAUAAGACUGCUACAAGUUUGCGAAAAGGUGUUAAUGAAUCGAGGAAUAACGUGAUUCAUAAAUGUGAAGAUUGUGGUAUGUCCUUCCGAAAUGCUAAAACCCUGCGAGUGCAUUUGUCUUAUUACUCUGCUAGUGGUUCUUUUCAGUGUGACUUGUGUAAUGCAAGUUUUAGCAAAAAUGAAUUGCUAUUAAAACAUGUCAAACGUGCGCAUUCUGUAACACCGAAUGGGACAUUGUCUAAACAUAAAUGUACGUUUUGUACAGCUUGUUUUAGUGUAAAGAACUCAUUGAUUCAACAUAUAUUGCAUUCACACAAGAAACCAAUUGCUGAUUCAGAUGAUUCAAUUGAAGAAGGUACGAGGGACAAUUCGCUGUCGGAAAAGUUGCAAAUUCAAAAAAAUAACCGUAACAAUGGCUCACAAAAAAAUACUGACAAUGUCGCGACAACGUUGAACAAUAUUCGUCAAAUUGAUGCCGAUGACGCCAAAUAUAAGACUUCUAAAGUGAAACAAGACAAGAAGAAUCGCGAAAGCAGACUUGGCAAUCGUCAUUUUGAUGGAAGCGCUGGAAAAUCAACACACUCGUCACCCGUGAUUUUAGCAGAUACCGACAAUAAAGAACCCAUCGUUGAUACUCCAAAUAUGGAACCUUCAGCGCUGAAGGUAAGUCGGAAGACAAGAAUAGUUGAAAAAACUACGCGGAAGAAGGUUCUCACGAGAGAAUACGAAAAUGAUGAAACGAAGAGUCCGAAGAUGCGAAGCAUGCCGCUUCGACGAACCAGAAGCAGGUCAUUCAAAGACGAGCAAUUGGAAUCGGUUUUAAUGAAUAAAGAAAAUAUUAAAAAUUCAACAUCAGAAGGUAAUAAGGCUUCUGUAUCAAAUCCUUGCGAAAGCUCGUCGAGAUCAGUAUCUCUUGAGACACCAAGUUCUAAGCCGGAUGAUGACCGGAAUGAUUCGAAUACUCUGAUGUUACCUUUAAAAAAAACUACAACUCGCGGCAAUCGUAGUCCCAAGGAAAAUUCUGGUAAAGACAAAGUUGAGAACGUUUGUGGAUACUGUGCGAAAUCAUUCCACGAAAGUUCUUGUCUGGGUUCAAAUUGUAGAUGGAAAAAUGUAAAACCCAAGCCAAUUAACUGUAUUUUAUGCGAUCAGGCAUUUAGUCAUGAACUCGAUUUAAUUGACCAUUAUAUCUCAAUCCACCUUAAGUCCGUUAGUGGUAUCAUCGAAUGCUGUGUGUGUCACGUUCCUGUAUUUGGUAUCGCCAAAAUGAAAGCUCACUUGAGUAAUCAUCAUCGAAGAUUAGAAAAACAACAUAUCAAAAAAUUUUGUCGGAAAUGUAACCGAAACAUUGGUAUCCUUUGUCUGCGGAAAUAUUGCUUCAAAUGCAAGCCCCUCAGAUACCCGGAAACAUCGAAGGUGGGAUCACACGACAUUCAAGAUAAACAGCAAUUGUCUGAUAGUUCCCCACUCGUUCCAGUAUUGAAUGAUAACACGAGAACGUGUUCUAGUCUGCGUUUCAACGAAAAUGUGAAAUGUACCGAUUGUGUUCGCGUGUUUCAGGACGAUGAUCAAUUAAAAAAUCACCAAUGUAUUCCGCAUAGUACACUCAAGUGUACGGAACAAAACAAGGCUAGAGAUAUUUUAAAAGUAACUCAUGUUAGGACCGUAAGGCGCAUUAAGCCAAUCCGGAAGUUAACUUGUAAUAAAAAUGUCAGGCUCAAGUCUUCUUCUAGAAAUGAAGAAAUCGUCAAGUCAGAAAAGCAUUGUAAACACGAUAAGCAAUGCGUUAGAAGAUCGCUUAUCGGUAAGAGGUCCGAGCUUCUCGCAAGAGUUACGAACAAUCUGCUUUCUAAACAUAGAAGAAAACCACGACAAUUUUAUGACAACAAAUGUAAUGUGUGCGGACUGAAUUGUUGUUGUAUCAAUAGUUUGAAACUUCAUGAAAAACGUUAUUCGAUAUGGGGUAAGAAUACUUGUAACAUAUGUGGACUCAGAUUCGCAUUGAAAACCAUGUUACUAACGCACAUGAAAUCAGCCCACAAUCCGAAAAUAUUACCAUUCCAUAGAGUAAGAUGUGAGAUUUGCAAGCAGGGUUUUUACAAUAAGAAAUUUUUGAGAAUCCAUCUCUCACAUUUCCAUAACAUCAAAUAUUAUCAAUGUCAAAUCUGUAAAUUAAGAUUCGAUAAUGCGAAACGUUUGGAUAAGCACAUGCGGUACUACUCGAAAACUUUGGGACCACGUUCAAUUUGUAAUGCUUGCGGCGAAACAUUCGAAUGUAAAUAUAUGCUUAGAUAUCACCAGACCCAGGCACAUGAUGUCAAAAAACUCAAGUCAUUCAAGCAUUGUUGUGACAUUUGUAAUUGCACAUUCCCGGACGAAUUGUUAUUACAAGCACAUAUCGGACACUUUCACACCGCACGGGAAAUAAAAGUUGAUGCAUUGAUGAAGACUGAACAAAAUUCAUCAAAUCCAUUAUCUGAUCGGAUUUUCGAGGUGAACAAGUUUGUAUUAAAAUUUCAAGACAGUAGUGACAAUCAAGAUAUGAUCAAAGGCAACGAAAAAUGUGAAAACAAAAUCAUUGAUGAAUCGACACCGGCGACGACUUGGACUCAUACUUUACCUGAAUACAAAUGCACUACUUGCAAAAUGAGUUUUUAUGAUCCAUAUGAUCUGCUCAACCACGAAUGGGAGUUUUCCAACGAAGGUAAGGAGGAAUGCGAUGUUUGCGAAAGAAAAUUUGUGAAGAGCCAUCAUCUGAUGACUCAUAAACUUAAACAUACCCGAGAUGACAAUGAAAUGAUUUAUGAGCACGAAUGCAACAUUUGUCACGAAGAUUUUACGUCAUUGGAACAAUUGAAAAUUCACGGAUUGCAUCUGCAUGGUCCUCAGUUCAGUUGGAAGAAGGAAUCAGAAACGACUGCAAACGUAUUAAAUAAUCCGAAAACAAUAAACGGAGAGGGGGUCGUUUUAUUCUUCCGAAAGAUCGGGCUCAACCGUAAAGUGCCAGCUAAACUAUCAUCGUCUCGUUGUGAUUAUUGUAAGCAAAUUUUCAACGAUGAUAUUUCAUUGGAUGUUCACAUGAGAAAACAUGCUUAUCAGGCAUAUUACACAAAUUCAUCAAAAUACCUUUGUCUCAUUUGUAAGCACAAAUUUCGUACUAACGACGUUUUAAGAGCACACGUUAUACAUGAUCAUACGUUCGAUUGGAAGGAUUCAAAUAGCACUGAACCCUCGACCGAACCUGAAACAGAUUGCUCGAAGAAUUCUCAUAACGUCAGUACUGAACCCAAUGAUCAUUCUGAUGGUACAUCGCAUCACAUCUCGGCGAUCGUGGAUUAUGCUGAAAAUCAGAAAACAAAUCCAAAUAGUCAACUGUGUCAAGAUGGACAGACGAAAAAACAAGCCAUUGAUAGUGAUGUUCAGUCAGAUUCGUUACUAUCACUGAAAGGUGAAUCUCAAUACGUCAUUUACUCGGAAUCAAUCGAAUGUGACAUUUGCCUGGAAAAAUUUGACACUCAACAGUCUUUGAAGAAUCACGAUAAAUCUUGCCUCCUCAGGGAUAGACUCAAAUGCACCAUGUGCAACGCUGAGUUUCUGAGCAAGAAUUCUGUUCUAUUGCAUGAGAGAAGAAUUCACGGAGGCGAAUCGAGGGGAAAACCAGCACAAUCAUCGGGAAAUGAGAAUUCAAUAGAGGAAACUGAAAACGCUUUGGUAUUGCCAACCAAAUUAUCUAUAGAUCAACAGUUACUGAAAAUUGGAAGAGUGAGGGUGAAACCGCCCCCCGAUACAUCACUGAUAUCGAAAAAUAAAGAGAAAUAUCACCGAAACGAAGGACGGCAGCGGAGAGUAAAAUAUUUGAAGAAACGUGAAGGGGAUUUAUUGGAAGAAUUUAACGUUUCAAUAGCCAAUAACGAUUCAAUAAUCCAAGGCGAAGGAAAUGGAAGACCUCAUCAGAUCUUGGUUGAUAAGAUAGGAACGGAAAAUCAAUUUACCAACAAUAGGCAAAAUAAAACUACCGAACAGAAAAAAAAAUCUGGGCCUUCUGCUCGUGACCUUCGUCCAGGUAAUUCAAUCCCUCGAAUUGGCCUUCUGAAAAAAAAUACGGAAAAUCGUAAAACAGGAGAACAUCUUGCCAUCACUAGUGAAGAUUCAAUGUGCGUCCAGCCUAGCUCAACAACCACCCUAUCUAAGGACGAAAAAAGUAAAAAAUCGCGAAAAAGAGGGAAAGCGAAUCCUCCGGAAAGUUCAGUUGAUCAAUUGUCACUUCAACCUGCGUUGAAUUCUGCUGAUUAUAAUCUUGGUAGUCGUGUUAAAAAUACUACUAUCAAAGUAGUGCAAACUUCAAACCAAGUACUGCCGUCUGGUAGAAAUUUUUUUGAUGAAAAUCAAAAACAGCUCACAAGUAUUAAACCGAGUGUGGGCUGCAGUGCGGUGGUUUCCGAACAGCAGACCGUUCAUCUGAAUCCGAAAAUCAGUAACACGAACGAUGCUAAAAUUAAAAAUACCAAUCUAGUGAAAUUAUUUCCCAAUAUUGAUACAAAAGUUUCCGGUACUGAUGACUAUUCGAUCACAUAUAGUUCCUACAGAAUAGAAGUAAGUCCUAAUACCGAUAAGAUUAGCAAUUCAAAUAUUUUGUGUCAAUCGGCGACUGUAUCAUCGUCGUCCAAUAACUCGGAACAAAAUGGCGAGGCUUCUGGUACCACGUUACCACAAUCAUUAAACCAUGAGGAUGCUCCCUCUAGUAAAACACAUACAUGGAAGUUUGUCUCUGCCGUUUGUUGCAGUUAUUGCAAAUUAUUAUUCUCCGAAAGAAUCAAAUUAGUGGAACAUAUGAAGUCACACAGAUCGGAAAACCAGGCUUCAACCGGUGGUCUAUCAUUAUCCGACAAAGAUGUAGUUUCUAAACGCACGAAUGAACAGAAAUGUUCGGUAUGUAAAAAAUGCAAGGUAUCAUUUUUUCCAAGAAGCGCAGACACUCCCUCUCCCGAAACUGACAAAUAUUGUUCAGACUGUAGAACAGUCUCACCAUUGCCUGUUAAAAAGAUGAAAAAUCGUUCUGGACUACGUUCCAUGACGUGUAGUCUGUGUAUGAAACCAUUUAAUUCUGUUACCGAGGUAAUGAACCACUUCAAACUGGAACACUUGAAAUUUGUUUGCGGUAUUUGCGAUUUCAGAUCUCUUGGUGAAAAACUUUUGCUCACCCACAUGCGGCAUCAUACCGCAAACAGAUCUACUAUCGAACCGAUUCCAUGCAACACUUGUAAAAAAUACUUCUUAGGGGUUUCGGAUCUUGCGAAACAUGAAUCAUCUCAUUCAUAGGAAAUUCAAUAAUAAUUUUUAUGGAUUCUUAAUAUUUAUUAUUAUCGAUACGAGACCUUAUGUAUAAACACACUUUUCAUGAACAUGUUUGUGAAUAUUCACGCGUCCAAUCCAUUAAAAUCGAACAUUACCUCGGCAUCGGCUUUUCGAAUUGAGUUCUGGAUCAUAAGUGUGUCGUCUAUUUUUUUUCACUCUGUUCUCGAUGCAACAAAGCGAUCACUAAUUAUUGUUCAUUAGUCCUUAUUAUUAUUAUUAUUAUUAUUAUUAUUA